AUGGCCAUGCAACCGCUAAGCAGCCAGAUAAGCGGGAGUGCAGCCCAAGGUGCGUGAUUUAGGCCCGUUACGACACGUGCAACACUAAGCUAGCUGCAGGCAUCGCGGAAGUCGAUCGACUGCUCAAGGAACUGGAGCAGAACCUAGAGGAUGCAAAGCUGUCACUAAAGCGUGCGUAUUGAUGCGGCGCCUUUGGUCCAUCGCUGCUGACUUGUGGAUUAGAGCAGGAGGACACGCUCGGCAAAGUCAAAGUGCUCGGCCGCAAUCCUGACAACGCAGGCUCAAUUUUCUCGAAAAGGGUACGUGACACCAACGGGGAAAGCAUGUUUGGAGUAACUUACGCAAAGUAGGGCAUCAGCAUUCUGUCAAAGUAUGGACUGGAUCAGCAGGAUGCGAACGUCUCACGUGAAGCGCUCAGAUGCCUGGCCAACGCUCUCCUCCUUAACGAACCGUCACGUCAAAUCUUUGUCGACCUCGGCUACGUUCCGAAGACCGCGGAGCGACUCAAGAUAGACCAUCGAGACGACGAGUUCCUGGCAGCCAGGAUUCUGUUCCUCCUUACCUACAGUACCAAGGUCGACUUCCAACCGCUGAUUGACGAUCACCAACUCGCAGACAGCAUCAACAAGCAGAUCGCACGGCAUGCGAAGAAUUUCUCCAAAGCCGGCCGUAGGAAGUCCAUCACCUCACCGAUGCAAGACAUGGCCCUGAUCGAGACUCUGAAACUCACUUUCAACAUCACUUACUAUUACCCCGACCAAAUACCCAAAUUCACGCCUUCUGUCGAGCCCUUGAUCAAUAUCGUCCUCCACCAUCCCCUCCCAAGCCCGCCUUUGCAGCCUCCCAUCACCUAUCUACUCAAUGCUUUGCUCAACUUGGACCUCAAGGCUUCUGAGAAGAAAACUCCCAUAGGCCCAGAGUCACGAUCAAGUCCUCUCUUCCCCUACUCAGACCCGGAGUCGGUUAUCGACAGACUGGUGUGCAUAUUUGACGAAGCCAUAAGGACCCAGGACGAGAAGGAACUUGACCAAGCCGCCGCUCCGCUUUGCACUCUGAUCAGACGAAUCUAUGAGCUUGCGACGCCUCAGAUGAAAUCCUGGAUGCGAUGGAUCCUCCUACCAAGAACUAAAGACCGUGACAAGCCACUGGGCCAGGGCGAAACUUUGUCCGCGCGUCUCCUUCGGCUCUCAUGCUCUCCCAAUCUUCCAACGCUCCGCGAGAACAUCUCGAGUCUCCUGUUCGAGCUUAGCGACAAGGAUGCCAACAAGUUUGUGCAAAAUAUCGGCUAUGGCUUCGCGUCUGGCUUUCUGAUGAGCCAUAACAUCGAAGUACCUGCCAGUGCCAUUGAGGCGAGCAGCAUCGGCAGUGAUGAUACUGAGGGAGGAGCUGACGCCAACCCGAUUACCGGACAGAGGUGGGCAGCAGAGGAGCGGGACGGACCACAAGCGAGUGAGAUGACACAGGAGGAGAAGGAGCGAGAGGCGGAACGGUUAUUUGUGCUCUUCGAACGUCUCAAGGCCACGGGCGUGGUGGAUGUGAAGAACCCGGUGCAGCAAGCCAUCGACGAAGGCCGGUUUGAGGAACUGGACUGA